CACUUUGCCUCCUGCGCCCACCACUCCACAUUUCGCUCUCGCCUUGUUGCCUGCCCUGCCGGGCUCCGUGGGGAGGGGAGAGAAAAACAAGGAGCUGCCUUUUACGACAGAAGAGAGACAGGCGAGGCGCCCGUCCCGGACGAGGGUCCAUGCAUCACGCCGUCCCCUCCUUUUUACCGCGACCGCGACCGCCAGCGGCUGAAUGUCAACCCACCACCACCACCACAGCCUCAGCAGCAAUGCCGUCCCCCGCGACAUCCCCAAGCCCGCCUCCGCCGACGAGCUCGCCAAGAAUGGCAAGAAGAAGAAGUCCUUCAUGUCCAACAUCUUCCGCAAGAAGGGCCGCAGCGGCGCCGGCAGCUCCGACAAGCGCCCGCCCUCCCGCCGGGACCGGGACUUCCUCUUCGAUUUGGAAGAGAAAUACGGCGAGAGGGAGAGGGCGGACGCCGCGGCGGCGGCGGAGUUCCUGGACGCGUCCCCGGCCGUCCGCAAAAGCGUCUCAGAUCGGCAUUGCGCGACGCGGAUCGAGAGCCUGACCCUGAGCUGCCUCGACUCGCCCAACCGGAACGUCGACACACGGGAGUACAGGGUGUUCGUGGGCACGUGGAACGUGGGCGGGAGGCCCCCUAACAGCAGCCUUAACCUAGAGGAUUUUCUCCAGAUAGAAGGGCUACCCGACAUAUACGUCCUAGGGUUCCAGGAGAUCGUGCCGCUGAACGCGGGCAACGUGCUGGUGGUGGAGGACAACGAGCCGGCGGCCAAGUGGCUGGCGCUCAUCUACCAGGCGCUCAACAAGCCCCAGCAGCAGCAGCAGGCGCAGGCGCAGCAGCAGCAGGACCAGCCGUCCUCCGGCGACGAGCUGUCGCCGACGGAGUCCGUCGCCUCCUCCUCCUCCUCCCGGGCCCGGCCGUCCAUCCCCAAGUCCUCUAGCAGCGGCGCGCUCUUCUUCUCCAAGCCGUCCCUCAAGGCGCUCAGCAAGAGCUACCGCGUCAACAGCGCGCUCGUCAAGACCUGCACCUGCAUGGCCAACCCCUCCACCAUGCACCGCCGCGCCAGGGAGAUGCGGGACUUCAUCUACCGCGUCGAGGCCUCCCCGUCCGGCGCCGACGACCCGGACCCCUCCUGCUCCUCCUCCUCCUCGGCGAUGACGACGCCCGCGGGACCCGACGCCGGCGGCGUCGUCGGCGGCGGCGGCAUGAGCUACUGCCUGAUCGCGAGCAAGCAGAUGGUGGGCAUCUUCCUGUCGGUGUGGGUGCGGCGGGAGCUGGUGCAGAACAUCGGCCACCUCCGGGUGGACUCCGUGGGGCGCGGCAUCAUGGGCCGCCUCGGCAACAAGGGGUGCAUCGCCAUGAGCAUGACACUGCACCAGACCAGCGUCUGCUUCGUGUGCAGCCACCUGGCCUCCGGCGAGAAGGACGGCGACGAGGUCCGCCGCAACUCCGACGUCGCCGAGAUCCUCAAGAGCACCCAGUUCCCCCGCAUCUGCAAGGUCCCCGGCCAGCGCAUCCCCGAGAAGAUCAUCGACCACGACCGGAUCAUAUGGCUCGGGGACCUGAACUACCGCGUCGCGCUGAGCUACGACGAGACAAGGGUGCUGCUGGAGCAGAACGACUGGGACACCCUGCUGGAGAACGAUCAGCUGAUGAUCGAGAGGCAAGCAGGAAGGGUGUUCAAGGGGUGGAAGGAGGGCAAGAUCUACUUCGCGCCGACGUAUAAGUACAAGCUCAACUCCGACACCUACGCCGGCGAGACCACCAAGUCCAAGAGGAAAAGGAGAACACCCUCAUGGUGCGACCGGAUACUGUGGCACGGCAAGGGGAUAGAGCAGCUGCAGUACAUCAGGGGGGAGCACCGGUUCUCCGACCACCGGCCCGUCUGCAGCGUUUUCGUGGUCGAGGCCGACGCCGACAACGGGAGCAGGAUCAGGAAGGGCUACUCCACCCUCGACUCCAGGGUCCACUGCGAGUCGCCGUUGCCGAUACCGCAGAGACACAGCUUCUAUGACUUUUGACCUGUUAUAGUGGUUCUCUUUUGUCUAUACCUCUAUAGGUUACACAAGGAUCAGAAAUGUCUCUAGUAAGAGGAGGGGCUGAAAGUUUUUCAACUUCCAUGCCUGGCACUUUUUCUUGCUGACUGAAAUGUAAAUGGUGGCUUCUAGCAGAUAUUACAAGUUGUUGCCAACUCCUUGAGCUUUGACACUAGCUUAGUACUCGUUGAGGAGUAAAUAACAGUAGAAA